AACGAUGAGGCUGCUGAUCACCUUUACGGCUGUGUUGGCCGUUGCUUCUGCACAGAAUGCCACUAACCGAUUCCCGGAUGACUUCAUGUUUGGAGCGGCAACAGCCGCGUAUCAGGUCGAAGGUGCCUGGAAUGAAGAUGGCAAGGGAGAGAGCAUUCAAGACUACAUGUUCCACAACUAUCCGGAAUACAUGAUAGGAGAAGACAACGGGGACGUCGCCUGCGAUUCUUACCAUCAGUACCUGCAAGAUGUGGAGAUGCUGAAAACGCUCAAUGCGGACAUCUAUCGAUUUUCGAUCGCCUGGUCACGUGUGUUGCCUAACGGGGACCUUGACGUCAUUAACCAAGCUGGUAUCGACUACUACAACAACCUUAUCGACGCGUUGCUCGCCAACGGAAUUCAGCCUCUGGUGACAAUGUACCACUGGGACCUGCCUCAAGCACUGCAGUACAUCGGAGGCUGGCCCAACGAACUGCUGGUCGACUACUUCGUUGAAUACGCCAGGUUACUCUUCCAAAACUUCGGAGAUAGGGUGAAAUGGUGGAUCACAUUCAACGAGCCACAUCAGUUCACGAUGGGCUACGCUAUGUUGGGGGUCGCACCCGCUCAACCAGCUCCGGGCAUCGGCGACUACCUGUCGACACAUACCGUCAUCAAAGCUCACGCCAGGGUCUGGCACCUGUACGAUGAGGAGUUCAGAGCCACACAGAACGGUAGCGUGGGAAUUACACUUAAUAUGGACUGGCCUGAACCAGAGACUAACUCGACAGAGGAUGCAGAAGCAGCGGAUAGAGCACGGCAAUUUGUGAUGGGUAUGUUCGCACACCCUAUCUACAGUCAGGAUGGGGAUUAUCCGGCUGUGGUACGACAGCAAGUGGACGCCAAUAGCGCGGCUGAAGGACGACCCCGAUCAAGGCUACCAACAUUCACACAAGAGGAGAUCGAGUACAUUAGGGGUUCGGCAGACUUCUUUGGGAUGAAUCACUACAAUACGACUUUCGUGACGCCAGGUCUCACAGGUGAAUCACCUUCCAAAACGCGGGACACCGCUGUAAUUACAUCGGAUCCUGUGCGUCUACCUUGGGGACUUCGGAAGCAACUUAACUGGGUGGCCAAUCAAUAUCCAGGAUAUCCUAUCAUUAUAACAGAGAACGGUCGCUUGAAUUUUGGAGGACGGAAUGAUACUGACCGCAUCGAAUACUAUACUGAAUACCUCGGAGCUAUGCUAGAGGCGAUAAACACUGACGGUGUUCCGGUUAUCGGAUACACCGCGUGGAGUCUCAUAGACACUAUCGAAUGGAACUUGGGAUUCACGGUUACGUAUGGGCUGUGCGAGGUGGACAAAACCAGUCCAAACAUGACGAGGACACCCAAGGAGUCGGCUGCCUUCAUGUCAGAAGUGUUCCGCACCAAGCAGCUGCCCAGCCAGUACAACCUGUAGGAGGUUGCGCAGUCACCACACGAGCCACAUAGUAGUAUGUCAACGUAGUGUUUAAUUAAAUCAGUUAAUAAACGCAAUGCAGUUACAUUUAGCAAUGGAUGUGAAUGUAGUUACGUCGACAUGCUUCCUAUGUAAACAAGUUUCUACAAAUAAACGUCGUACUUUGA